UUAGACUUGUCCGUGGACAGAAUGUGCUCAUCUCCAUGGUAUCAUCGGGACAUCAGCCGGGUGAGAGCUGAAGAUUUAUUAGCAAAGGCUGGGAAAGAUGGGAGUUUUUUGGUACGAGACAGUGAGUCAGUGCAAGGGGCCUACGCACUCUGCCUUCUGUUCCAGCGCCAGGUUCACACAUAUCGGAUCUUACCAGAUGAAGGACUUCUUGCAGUACAGAGCAUGCAGGGGAUGCAGGUGAAAUGCUUCCGUACCCUGAAUGAUUUGGUGGCCAUGUACCAGCAGCCGAAUAAGGGUCUAGUCAUUCCACUGUUGCACCCCGUGUUUCGAGAGAAGGAGAAUCUUGAUGAUGGCUCAGAUGGUGAAGAUGACAGACCAUACUGUCCUCCUGGAAACACUGUCUCCAAGAGUGGAUCCUCCUUUGUAUCAAACAAGAGCCAUAUAUUGCUGCAACUGCAGCAAAAGCUACAGGAUCAUUGCAACCAAAGUACUGCAAACGAGUUUGAAGCUCUCAUCAUUGAGUAUCUGCGAUCCGAUGUGCAGCAAGAUCUGGAUGCUUUGAGGAAUGGAAACGUUAACCUGAAGAACCUAAGCAAAGUGAUGGGGACAGCCUUCCAGCCUCUGCAGAGUGAACUUGACUUCACAUUAUUGGGUCUGGAAACACUGGCCAAAGUAUUUGACCUUCCACCAUAUUCACCUCUGAGUCCCCAGAAUAAGCAGGGCAUCUCAGUAUCAGGUGAGAUGGACCUCGAAAUCCUUAUCUCAAAAAUCAGUGCUGUGAAAAACAUCCUCUCCUCUUUAGAAAAAAAGGUGUUGAAGUCCUUACAGGAUACCAUUUCCAGUCAUAACUUAGCAACUCCCAGCAUUCCUGUGGGAGUACUGACCAGUGAAGCACCAAAGGCCCUGUCCAUUCAGACGUUUGAGGUAAAGAUUGGAAAAAGUCAGAAGGUUCUAAUGGUGGAUGUAGAUGGAGGAAAGAUCAGCAUUUUAAAGAAAUCUGGCAAUUGCCUGGAGGAAAACAUACACCAUCAGAAAAUCCGACAGCUGGUAAAGUACCAAGGUAUUCAGAACAAACUGAAGCUAAUUAUUGACAGAGAUGCCCAGAAAAAUCAACAGAAGGAGCUGAUCUUUGAAGAUGCAAGGAAACGAGAGGCCUUCUGCCAGUUAAUGCAGCUUACGAAGAUGAAGCACGCCAACCUUGACGAGCCUGACUGGAUUUCGAUUUAUAUUGGAACCUGGAACAUGGGGAACUCCCCGCCAGCAAAGAACAUUGCAUCAUGGUUGACAUCAAGAGGUUUAGGACGCUGCCUGGAUGAAACAACAGCCUACAUACCUCAUGAUAUUUAUGUCUUUGGUACUCAAGAGAACUCUCUUGGAGACCGUGAGUGGGUAGAGUACCUCAAAACAGCCAUAAGAGGAGUUACUGGUAUUGACUUCAAGCUGCUGGCCACGCAGUCUCUAUGGAACAUCAAAAUUGGAGUGUUUGUGAAACCUGAAUAUGAGAAUCGCAUCAGCCAUGUGAACACGUCAAGUGUGAAAACAGGAUAUGCUAACACACUAGGUAAUAAAGGUGCAGUUGGGGUGUCCUUCUUGUUCAAUGGGACCUCAUUUGGCUUUGUGAAUUGUCAUCUGACCUCAGGCAAUGAUAAAACACUCAGACGGAAUCAGAAUCAUCAUGAUAUUGUGCGAUCACUGUUACUUGGAGACAAACAACUGAGUGCUUUUGACAUCACUUUGAGGUUUACUCAUCUCUUUUGGCUUGGGGAUCUUAACUAUCGCAUUGACAUGGAUGCCCAGGAUAUUCUGAAUCAUAUUAACAAGAAGAACCUGGAUGCUCUACUAAGUGUCGACCAGCUAACUUUAGAGAGAGAAAAGAAUAAAGCCUUUCUACGUUUUAAUGAAGAAGAAAUCACAUUCCCUCCAACCUAUCGCUAUGACCGUGGUACAAGGGACAGUUAUGCCUGGCAAAAGUUUAAAACUACUGGGGUUAAAAUAAAUGUACCCUCCUGGUGUGAUCGCAUCCUUUGGAAAUCCUACCCUGAGACAUAUUUUGUUUGCAAGUCUUAUGGAUGCACUGAUGAUGUCAUGAGCAGCGACCACUCUCCUGUAUUCGCUACUUAUGAAGUUGGAGUUACUUCCCAGUUUGUAUCAAAAAAAGAUCCAGGUUCUAAUUCUGAAAUGGCCUGUAUCGAGUUUGAAAAUAUAGAAGCCAUUGUAAAGACGGCAAGCAAAACAAAGUUCUUCAUUGAGUUUCAUUCAUCUUGCUUGGAAGAGUAUCAGAAAAGCAGUGAGAACAGUUCUCAGAGCUGUGAGAUUUCUGGUUUUCUCAAGCUGGGAUGGUCAGCCAAGCAACUGCCCAUGCUGAUACCUAUCGUGUCUGACAUGGAGUAUCUACAAGAUCAGCACAUACUGUUGUCUAUAAAAUCCAUGGAUGGGUAUGAAUCAUAUGGUGAGUGUUGUAUUGCAUUGAAGUCAAUGAUUGGCAGCCUGGCUCAGCAGUUUGAGACUUUCCUAUCCCAUAGAAGUGAAGAGACUGGAUCUGUUCGAGGUUGGAUGAAGGUCCAGGUCCCAAAAGAGAGACGUGGGACUCGUGAGAGAAUUUAUGAAUGGAUUAGUCUUGUUAAUGAUGACAGAAGACCAACCAGUGAUCCAUCAGAGGCAGAGAAAAACACACAGAAUUUAGCAAGGAGUCGGUCAGUGGGCUUUACAGCUCCUCCAAAUGCAAGUAGCUACACAAAUGCUGCAUAUUUUAUAUUUGAGGGAACUUCAAGUUCUGGCUUUACUGAAGAAUCCAGCAACACGUCUUCCAAAGAAGUGCAACCAUCAAAACCUGCUUCCAUGUUGUACCAAAUGCGAACUGCUUCCAGUGUUCAGCAUCGCUCAGACCCACCGCAGCACCCAAGCAUUCCCGAGAGAGAAAAAACAAACAGCCCACAUUACAAGGUCCCAAAGAACAUUCCCCAGGAAAAAGAUCACUCAAAUCAUUCAGUAUAUCAGACUGUGAAGGAAAAGAAGCAAAGGGCAGUCCCUCUGAUAAGAGAGAACCCACAGAUAAAUGUGAGCAUGGCACAGAACAAAGGGGCUACAAAAUCUGUGAAUGAGAAAUCAAAAUCGUACUCCUGUAGGGCUGGCUGGACAUCUGAGUCAAGUGGUACUUUGCAGGAAAGGACAGCAGAUGAUCAAUCCCGUUCUGUUCUUCAGAUGGCUAAAAGUCUAAGUGAUGUUGAGUUUCAGCAGAAACGGAACAACUGUUCCAUCCCCCUUAGCCAGCAACAGGUGAAAAAAAGUCCUCUGUUGCCAAGACCGAAUAAUACUGAAAUACGAACAGCACUCCCUCGAUCAGGGUAUGGCACUAGAACAGAGACUACCCAGAUGUCCGCUGAUAACAGAACUGGUCACAGAGAGCUGCUGCGUGACUCCAGUGGUCAGAAAACUAUUGGGCAAUGGCUGUCUGAGAUAGGAUUAGAGAUAUAUGAAACCUCGCUUCAUCAAAAAGGCUGGGAUAACUUGAAGUUUAUCUGGUAA